UUAGUCCAUCACGUGCAGCACCUCUAUCUCCUCCACCAUAAACUCACGCGACCCACCCAACACCGCAUCGCCAAUGCUGUUCCUCACUCUCAUGAAGCCCGCAGGCAUAUAGUCGCUGCCGGUCCACUGAUAGCAGCUGCGGAUGUUGGCUGCAGGCCGGCCGCCGUAGCCAGCAUACCCUAACAACAGACGCCCGUGGAUAGUCAGACUCGCACCAUACACACUUCCUCCCUCCCCGCCACCAGCACAUUCACAUAGUGAUCCAUUCGGGGGAUGUCGAUCUUGGUGGGUGUGGGGAAGUGGCCGGUCAGGGAGAAAAACCACAGAACACAGCGGUAGAAAUGGCUCUCGGUCGGAUUGUCGGGCAGCUGGAUGCCCACCGCUGUAUAUCUUCAACGAAUUGUGCUUCAUCAGCUCCACAGACAAGAGCUGGCUCCAAUGGUUGAUGACGCUCUCACGGAAGACUCCAUUGUCGACAGCAAAGAUCGCCGCCGGGCGGGGCUUGCGCUUGGCGAGCAU